CUGAAUGCAGCGUAUUAUAGAAGGUAGUGGGUCGUCAGAGAAAAAUAAGUUGCCCCUUUAAAGGGAGAGUUGUAGGCUAGUUUCUCAUUUAGGCUGUUUUGGAAUUUGUUCAGAUUUCAGAUCAGGGAGCUGCUGGAAAGCUGAAAGAAAGAGGAGUUUGUUACAUUAAUGCCUGGGAAAAUGUCUGAAUCUGCAGUCAAUCCACACUUGGAGGGAAUUAUUUCAGAUUUUGAAGCUCUGAAGAGGUCCUUCGAGGUAGAGGAUGUGGACACUUCCUCUCACCUCUCCCCUGGCUCCCGCCGGACAACCAGCUCCCCUCACCGCAACGCCAUGUCUCCCACCAGUAUCUACUACCGGGAUCUGGGCUCUGCCACCACGGCAACCAACAACAACAACCUCAACUACACCCAACCUCGCUCAAUCAUGGGCGGAGGAGGCUCCAAGACUCCGGAGCCUGUGUCACGCCGAUCUGAACUCUCCAUCGAUAUCUCAUCUUCUUCUAACAAGCAGGUGGAUAACGCCACCAGCCCUUCCUCCACGCGCUUCGCCACUGGCAGUGCCCUGAAACGCCCUGAAGUCCUGGGUCACUCCAAGACCCCUGAGAUGAGCCACAAGAGGGAGGUGACUUUCGCCAAAACUCCCAAUGACUCCCCGGUGAUACGUCGUAACGAGGGCAACAACAACAACAACGGCACCAGCAAGACCCCCGAGCAGAAUCACACUCGCAAGUUUGAGCCUCCAAGUCCUGGCGACAUUCGUAAACCUGACAUCAGCAUCACCAGAGCUCCGCCGGAAAACAACGGACACCACCCAGCAGUGCACCACCCUCAUCAUCCCAACCCUCACCACAACACCAUUGUUACCACCUUCCGCUGCUCCUCGCCCAAUCACGCCGGACGGAAAUCACCCAACUAUGGUUCAGAGGUCAAUCUGAGCCACAGCAACAUGUCUGAGACUGCAAAGCCCCACCACCCAGCCCCACAGGGUAAAGGGGAGAAGAGCCAUGGCAACGACUUCAGCUACGUGGGAAUAGACGCCAUCCUGGAGCAGAUGAGGAGGAAGGCCAUGAAGCAGGGCUUUGAGCUCAACAUCAUGGUUGUGGGGCAAAGUGGCCUGGGAAAGUCCACUCUCGUGAACACCUUGUUCAAAUCCAAAGUGAGCCGGAAGUCAGUGCAGCCUGAUCCAGAGGAGAGGAUCCCCAAGACCAUCGAGAUCAAGUCCAUCAGUCAUGAUAUUGAGGAGAAAGGGGUGAGGAUGAAGCUGACAGUCAUCGACACUCCUGGCUUUGGGGAUCAGAUCAACAAUGAAAACUGCUGGCAGCCCAUCAUGAAGUUUAUCAAUGACCAGUAUGAAGUGUACCUGCAGGAGGAAAUCAACAUUGACAGGAAGAAGAGAAUUCCAGACUCGCGGGUACACUGCUGCAUAUACUUCAUCCCCCCCACAGGACACUGUCUGAGGCCUCUGGAUGUGGAGUUCAUGAGGCGUCUCAGUAAGGUGGUCAACAUCGUCCCCGUCAUCGCCAAGGCUGACACACUCACCCUGGAGGAGAGGGACUUCUUUAAAGAGACGAUAAGGGAAGAGCUGCGAGCCAAUGGGAUCGACGUUUACCCUCAGAAAGAGUUUGACGAGGAUGCAGAGGACAGGAUGAUCAAUGACAAAAUCAGGGAGAUGAUCCCUUUUGCUGUUGUGGGCAGUGACCAGGAGUACCAGGUGAAUGGCAAGAGGAUUCUGGGGAGGAAAACAAAAUGGGGCACCAUCGAAGUCGAGAACAUUGCACACUGUGAGUUUGCUUACCUACGAGACCUUCUCAUCAGGACACACAUGCAGAACAUCAAAGACAUCACAGGCAGCAUCCACUAUGAGACAUAUCGUGUCCGCCGCUUAAAUGAAUCCAACGCCCACUUCAACUCACACCCAUCUGAGCGUCCUGCUGUUCAGCCACAGGCCAACGGUCAGCCUGAGGAGCAGCCCCGCGUCCUGCAGGCCAAUGGGGUGGCUGCACAGCAUGAAGCCCUGUCUCAUGAGAUGUAGAAAGCCAAAUGGUCAAAUCAGGACACAGCCAGGCACAAAACAUGCACUCACACUCACACAUGCAUUCUGUUUACAUGAACAAAAUCACAUUCAUACAGUGCAAACACAUACUCAGGCUGUGAAGCCCUUUUUAUGUUGCCAGGAAAUAUCCUUUUUUUUUAGUGCCAAAAAACAGACUAAAUACAGCUUUUAUUAAAUCAUCAAGAAAUUAUUAAAUGGUCUAAUAUCGUUUUGGGUUGCUUUUUGACUGAGUGAGAUGUGAGGAAAAAAAUCGGUGAAGAAAUGUGCAUUGUUUUGUUUUUUAGAAUCACUGUGUAUAAUGCAAAAAGGAAAAAAUGUGUACAUGAUACUUUUGAGAAAUGGCGUCAUUCAAAAUGAUGUGAAGCAUAUCAGAUGAUACUAGAUUAGCUCAAACUAUGACUAACUGUUAGUGCCACUGGCCUGGUCUGCUUUGUGAUGUGGUGUAUAGUUUUGUAUAGAUACUAGGGUAAAGUAGGGAUAAUUAGUUUAAGUAUUAUGGAGGGAGUCGAGGUAUUGUCGACACCUCCACACUGCAAAGUAAUACAAGAGAAAGCAGGUGUGGUGUGGAGCAGUUUUUUUGGGAGAAUGAGUCGUCUUGUCAUCUUUCCAUCGUGUUACAAUGUUUAAACCCCUUUUUGCCAAACCAUCCUGUCUCUUUCUAUAUAAUGCCAAUGUUGUGUAACACAGUCAUACCUUAAAUUUUACAUUGCUCAUUUAUUAUUGUAUUUUAAGUGCUGUUGUUCAUGUUUUAAUAUUAUUGUAUAAGAUGAGGGUUGUGGAGGAAUCUGUGCAACUGUUGCAGCCGUAUUGUCCAUUUUUUUCUGACUGUAAACCAAAUAAAAGUCUUUUUUUUCUGUUUUAAAGAGAAGCACA